AUGGCUGCUUCGGCUGCACCUCUUUUUCUUCUUCACUAUAACUCCGCCACUCCUUUUCCCUCUACGAUAAUCACACAGUCUAGAGAGAUCUCUCUCUUUCCCAUCACCGCCUCUGAUCUCUUCCUCCAUUAUCGCCGAUUCAGCGUCUCACGACCAUUCGAUGGUUUCUCGGAAUUUAGUACUCCUAGAAGGCAUGGUCGUUUAAGUGAAUUGGGUAAUGGAAUCGUCGAAGGUAUGUUUUCUCAAGGCGUUCCUGAUUUUUGA